CGCCGGCGGGGAUUGAACCUCGGCAGCCGCCGUUGCCACGUGACACAGAGGGGACGCGGACACUUCCGGGCGGUAGAGGCACUUCCGGGCGGUAGCGGCACUUCCGGUUGGCUGUGAUGGCUCCGGACCCCUGGCUCUCGCAGUACGACGCCGCCUGCCAGCUGGCCCAGGAGGUGGCCGAGCGGAUCCAGGAGCGCAGCCGGCAUCGGCGCAACGGGGAGAGCUCGGCCAAGCUCAAUGUGAUCAUCAGGUCAUCACUGCAGAAUCUCAAAGAGAAGAUUGAUCAGCUGAAGGACUCCCUGCUCCGGGCUGUGUCAACGCACCAGAUCACCCAGCUGGAGGGAGACAGGAGGCAGAACUUGGUGGAUGACCUUCUCACACGACAGAAACAACUUCAGGCAUCUUACAAGAACGAGGGCACAGAACCAGAUGUGAUCAGAUCUAGCCUAAUGGCAGGAGGUGUCAAACGAGGAGUGACCAACCCGUGGCUCCUGGAGGAGUCUGAGGAAACCAGGGGGCUUGGCUUCGAUGACAUCAGGCAGCAGCAGCGGAGGAUCAUAGAAGAGCAAGACGCCGGCCUUGAUGCUCUUUCUUCAAUCAUAUCCCGGCAAAAGCAAAUGGGACAGGAAAUUGGGAAUGAGCUGGACGAGCAGAACGACAACAAGCCAGCACUGCAAAGGUUUGUACAGCGGCUCUGACAGAUUCUGUCUGCUCACGAGCUCACUGUUGUGUUUUGUCUUACUGCAUAACCCGGGUGUGUGUGAAAUGUGUAACACUUGGGAUGUUUUCAUGAAGGCUGCCUUUGAAAGAAAAGAUGGGAAAUUGUAUGUAGUACAAAACCAUUUUGUACUUGGAUCUUCUGCACUUCUCAGCGGUUCUGUUCUAAUGACCCUUCUUUUAAUGGUAAUCUUUUAUUUGUUGCUGGAUUUCAUUUGAACAUUCCUCCUUUGCUUCUUUAGUUAUUAACUAAAUGGAAAACCUUGAGCCAGCAAUUAAACUAGAAGCGUAUUGUUUGCUACAAACGUUUGGGAUUUUGAAGGUUUCAUGAGUUGAAUGUAGGAUCAAAUUAAGUGCAAUAUUGAAAUAGAAGAGCGCUUUUUUUUCUUUAAACUGAGCCAGUAUCCAAAUGGUGGAAUUGCUCUCCUGAUAAAUAUGCUUUGUUACGGCCUGAAUUGCCUGCCUGACAUCAGCUGUCCCUAGGAGAGCAGAUCCUCCAGUCUUUCUGACUUCUUCCUUUCUUACAAUAUGGUAAUAGUUCAAUUAGAGCCUUGGAGCCCUGCCAGUUGUCUCCCUUGCACAAAGACUUGAGCCAUAUGGUUUAUCUUUGGGUUGUGUUGUACUUAACCACUGAGAAGGUAAACGUCCUUUUACUUGCUAAUAAAUGAUAUGCUGAAAUCAACUUCUUCCUGGGCUGGUAUUUUUCCCUUUAUGCCUCUGCAUGCUGCUCAGAGUGAGGGGUUCCAUUCUAGGAACUGCACAGCGUAAAUGCUGCUUGGGAGCUCUGUUCUGACUGGUAGGAGAUGGGAUGUCCUUCUCGUGCUUGCCGUGCAUCCGUGCUCUGGAGGGAUGAGGAACGACUAGAAUGUGUCUUUGUUCAUCUUCAGGUCGUUAGAAAAUGGUUUGCACAGCUGGGAGAAACUGUGUGAGGUGCUGCUGUCGUGUUGUGAUCCUCUGCAUCAACUGAGUAAAGACACUUUCCAUUA